AUAAUAUUUUGAAUUGCACACGCGACAAACCGGAAGUUGUGGUAAAAAAAGACCAUGGCGGCUCUAACAAGGUUUGGAGAGUCGCUGUGCAAAGUCUGUCAAAGACAUCUGGCACAUCAGUAUCAAACAAUGUCCAGCAAAACAUCACUGACACGCUGCCGUAGAAAGAUUUAUGUCCGCCAGUAUCCCACAACUGUAGUCUAUCCAGAUGGCUCUACCAUCACAGUGCGAUACAAGGAACCCAGAAAACUCAUCACGUUACCUAUCAAUGUCAGCGAGUUAUCAGAGGAAGAAGCAAAUGCAGUGAUUCUAAAAAGAACACCACGGAAAAAGAUUAAAGUUGUUGAAGAAUUUGAGGAUGACUUUGACUCUAGUGCGUACAGCCAUAUAUGGAAAAAGAAAUCUGUGAAAAUGUGAAACAUUGACAAACUUUAAAUGCUGAAAAACGUAUUCAUGUGUAAUGUACUUGAACUGGAAGUGAUUUUAUAUAGUUUUGUGAAAGUAAGAGUGUAAAAUAAAUGUCUAAUUAUCUCA